CCGUACUUAACCGGAACAAUUGCAAUUAAAAUAUUAACAAAAAUUUAAUUAAGUCAUAUUUAUAAAUCUUUUUUUUAACAAUUUGAACAUUUGACUUAAAAAGCUUUUAUUGUUGUGAUAAAAUGCAAGGUUUAUUUAAAUUUCUUAAAAGUCGUCCAGUGUUUUGGUUAAGUGUUACCGGCACAACAGUGGGUGUAGCAUGUUUUGUUAAAGACUUAAUGCAAGGUGGAAAAUUUACCAAGAAAACUAAGGCUGAGGGAAAAGUUGUAAUAGUAACCGGUUCAAAUACUGGCAUUGGAAAAGAAACUGUUAGAGAGCUGGCUAAAAGGGGAGCCAAAGUUUAUAUGGCCUGUAGGGAUAUGAAUAAAUGUGAAGAGGCCCGCGAAGAAAUCGUUUUAGAAAGUCGCAACAAGUAUGUUUACUGCCGGGAAUGUGAUUUGGCCUCAAUGGAAUCGAUACGUAAAUUUGCUGAAAACUUUAAGAAGGAACAAGAUCGUUUAGAUAUUUUAAUUAAUAACGCUGGCGUUAUGCGUUGUCCUCGUUCUUUGACUAAAGACGGCUUCGAAAUGCAAUUGGGUGUAAAUCAUAUGGGUCACUUUUUGCUUACAAAUCUUUUAUUGGACUUACUUAAAAAAUCUUCGCCUAGUCGUAUAGUUGUAUUAUCCAGUUUGGCUCAUACUCGUGGUGAAAUUAAUAUUGGUGAUUUGAAUAGUGAAAAAUCCUACGACGAAGGCAAAGCUUACAAUCAAAGUAAAUUGGCGAAUGUAUUGUUUACACGAGAAUUAGCCAAGAGAUUAGAGGGCACUGGUGUCACUGUAAAUGCUCUACAUCCCGGUGUUGUUGAUACCGAACUUUUCCGUCACAUGGGCUUCUUUAAUUCAUUCUUUGCCAGCCUUAUAUUUAAGCCUUUGGCAUGGCCAUUCCUUAAGUCUCCCCAAAAUGGAGCACAAACCACAUUGUAUGCUGCCUUAGACGAAGAUUUGGCUAAUGUUAGCGGUCAAUACUUUAGUGAUUGUGAAAUUAAGGAUGUUGCACCACAAGCAAAAGACGAAACAUUAGGAAAAUGGCUGUGGGCUGUAAGUGAGAAAUGGACCAAGUUGACUAGUUAAACACAAAAACGAAUUGAUGUUGGAGUUUUUGUUUUAAUAAAGUAAUUGGCAUUUUUUUAAUAUAAAAAUAAUUUUAUUUUGGAAAACAGA